AUUGCCGACAAUCGAUGGGAAAUGGGUCACUCAUAAGCACAUUCGACCAACUUAUACCGCGCUUACCUAGAAAAAAAUAUAAUAUUUUUUCCCAAUCACUAAAUAUUUUUUUCGUUUACGCAACAAAAUAUUCGAACGCAAAUUAUUAUUUUUUAAUUUCAAACCAGCCUGUAUUAAAAAUAAAAUAAAAAUGAAACAUCAGCAAGUGAGUGUCGAUUACUGGUCGAUGGGUAAGGCUAUGUUGGUGUAUGGAGGCUUGACUAUUUUGUGUUGGAUUAUGUUGAGAUUGUUCAAUACUGUUUUCACCCUGCCAAGGAGGCUCCGCGCCCAGCACGAAAAUAUUCAGGAUACGUUGAAGGAACUCCAGAGACGUUUCCCUGACAUGAACAUAACCGAAGAAGACCUGAAGGAAGCCGAAAAAGAACUGGAUGAAUACAUAAAAGAAGAUCAACAAAAGAAAGAGGAGAAUGAGACAGGAGAAACCCCCCAGAUAGAAGAUAAAAAAUCUCUUUAAUACGUAUGGUUUUAGAACAUUUUAUUACCUCAUACGCACAAUCAUUAGGUAUAUGUAUAUAGGUAACUAAUGUUGCAUUUAGGUAAUAUUUGGUUUCGAAAUCAAAGGCAAAUAGUUUUAUAUUUCUUUAAAAUAUUGACAUCAUCCUAUGAUGUGAAGAAGUUGGUUUUUGCGCCAGAAAAACUUUAGAAUUAGUCUAUAUUUAUCGUUUCAAACAUGAUAAAUAUAUACCUACCUCUAAAUUGAUAUUUUUUAAACAAAAAAUAUUACUAAAAGGCCAGAGAAGUGAACUUUGCUAUCGACUUUGGUUUACACAUUCAUUUAUUUUACAUAGGUAUUCUAGUAAAAAAAACGAUCACUCAAUAUUUACCUAUUCAUUGUUUUCUUUUUGUUUCUUUGACUUUUAAAAAGCCAAAUAAUCAGUAAUAAGUAAAAGUAAAUAAGAUUACAAAAUUUUAUAGGUAGUGAUGUCGGCCGUAAUUCACAUUUUUUUAACAUGAUUUGUAGCCUACAAAUAAUUCGUACAUAGUUAUUAUUUCAUGAUGUUAAAGCGUCUAUAGUUAUACUUAACACAAUAGGAAAUAAUUAUUCUAGUCUUAAUUAAAGUAUUUUUCGAUAA